AGAUGCGUCAGAUGAGCCGCGGCUGUAGGAGCGACUGAAGAAGAGGGGGAUGGGGAGAAUUGUUUUUGUGUUGCAUUCCUGCAGUGUGUUUGACCUUUGACCUCAUUGUUGUGUUCUCCUCGUCGUGCAUUCCAACCCGAGGAUUUCCUGCAGUAUGCCAAAGGCUGCUGGGGCUCGCCUGUUCUUCGCCCUGUCUCUGUUUACCUCCGUUUAACCAGCGAGACGUUACAAAAAAAACUCUCUGGAACGCCGCUGCUGCAACAACCGACAGAUUUUUUGGCAAGCCGUUCUACGGAAACGCGUGCGUGUCUGAACAGAGCGACUACGCUAGUAACGUUACUUGGGGCGAAAGGGUAUUAUCAAAGACCGUUUGGUGCUGCAACUAGCCUAGCACGCUAGCGGGCUUGCCGUAUAUCACGCACACGUUUCAUAUCCGCUGCAGAAAUCCGCACCCGCGCGACAACGCUGAGGAAAUGAAGGACAAACAGAAGAGAAAGAAGGAGCGCACAUGGGCCGAGGCAGCUCGUAUGGUUCUGGAGAACUUUUCUGAUGCCCCAAUGACACCCAAACAGAUUCUGCAUGUCAUCCAAACAAAGGGGCUCAAAGAAAUGAGAAGUGGCACAGCUCCACUAGCCUGCCUGGUUACCAUGCUUCACUCUCAGGUCAGAGGAGACAGAGUGAAGAACAGUAUUUUCUUCAAGCUUCCUGGAAGGAUGAGUUUGUUUACCCUAAAGAAAAAUGCACUUCAGUGGACAAAGAGCCCGACUGCAAAUGAGUCUGGAGAUGGGACUGGCACUCCAACAGCAUCCACCACAUCAACAGUUGAAGGAGCAGAGCAGGAGAGUUGUGACUCCACAGAGACGGCUGCUGCUAGUGGUGAAAAUGAUGCUUCUGUGGAUGAGACUUCCUCCAGUGCCUCUUGCUCCACAGAACCACAGACAAGACUCAGUCGCUCCUCACAGUCAGGGAGACAGAGGAAGCAAGCUGUGAUGAUGCCCCGUGUAGUGCUCACUCCUCUCAAGGUCAACGGUGAACACGUCCCAUCAGGAGCAGCGGGGAGGCGCAGGGAAGGCUCUAGGGGGGGUCCAGGCCCCACUCUCCGUACCCGCUCCGAGCUGGGCUGGAAACGCACCCAGCACUUCAAGAGCAUACGUGGUCUUCGUUCAGGUCCCAUGAAAAGGAAUCGAGGGGGAGUGGAGGUGGAUUUUGAGACUCCAGGCUCCAUCCUAGUCAACACCAACAUUCGUGCUCUCAUCAACACACGCACAUUUGCUGCUUUUCCUCCUUACUCCCAGCAGCAACUACUCCAGCUUUUACCAGAGGUGGACAGACAGGUUGGCCCUGAUGGCCUUGCUCGACUAAGCAGCUCGGCCCUCAAUAAUGAAUUCUUCACUCAUGCAUCCCAGAGCUGGAAAGAGCGUCUAGCUGAGGGUGAGUUCACGCAUGAGAUGCAGGUUCGCUUCAGGCAAGAGAUGGAAAAGGAGAAGAAAGUAGAAGCAUGGAAGGAGAAAUUCUUUGAGGAGUACCAUGGCCAAAGGUCUGGGUUGACGAGAGAAGAGGCAUUAAAGCUCACAAUGAGUGAUGCUGGAGAUGUUGCCAGUGCAGUUCUUGACUCUGAUUCUGCUACAGUGGCUACACCCAAGAGGCGAAGUGUUGGAAGAAGACGGAGGGAAGGCCGUAUCAGACGGCGUUCACGGGCUGACCUCAGACGCAGAGCUCGGCGAACACUUUGCAAAACUACAACGGUAGCUGUACCUUCAGCAGAGACAACAGAAAGCACUGCAACUCCAGAUGUUGAACCAUCAGUUGCAUCACCAGUCCCAGAAGCGACAGCAGUUCAGAGAGAGGUUGUCCUUCAAACAGACCUCGGACUGGAAGCUCCAGAAGAAAACCUUUCUGAAGAGGCAGUUUCCUCUCCAGCUCCUGCACCCACACCUCCUCCAGCUUCUACAAGCUCAACCUGCGAUGAACCAGAAGCCUCCACACGCCUGUUGUCUGAAGUACCUGAACCAGCUGUUGCAUCCACUUCCUCUCCUUCCUCAUCCUCCUCUUCAACAUCAUCAUCAUCAUCAUCAUCAUCGCCCUCUUCUUCUCCCUCUUCUGCCUCAGAGAGACAGACUUUUGCUGCAAGCUCAGAUUCCUCUUCUUCCUCUUCCUCCUCCACUGCUGCUGUUGCCACCGACCCGCUGGAUGAUGGGGCAUCGGUCAUUACCACUGGUACAGCGGGCACUGGUGCAAGCAGCCGAGAGAGCAGCCCCGCUGCUAGUCCUGCCACAGCAAGUCCAGCAAUUCAGCUCAAGGAGCAGAAGAGAAGACCAGAUGAGUCCCAGGCCUUCACCAGCUUUCCCGAGAAAAGGGCGCGGCUGGAUGAGCGUCAGUCCUUUCGUAACACAGUUGACUGUGUGCACUCAGAAAAGCCACAACCUACAACAGAGGAGCCCAAGGUCCCGCCAAUCCGGAUACAGCUCUCCCGGAUCAAACCGCCCUGGGUCAAGGGGCCGCCAACGUACCAAAUCUGUCCCCGCAUCGUCCCCCCCAAUGAAGGGUCACGGCGCUCUGGGACAGGGGCGCGCACCCUGGCGGACAUCAAGGCCCGGGGUGGUACUGGGAUACCGGAUCGCUCCAGCGGGAGGCGUUCAAGAGAGCACCCAGGUCCCGUUGAACCUGGAGGAGGAGGAGGAGGAGGAAGAGUUGAUUUGGAGGAGCAGGAAUCGCCUGCGAGCUCUCAUUCGUCUGGAGCACAACUACAGCCGUCCAGUGUAGACUCAACAGACAGGCCUCAAACCUCCACCCCACUUACCGAACCAUCUCCUUCCUCUGUGUCUUCAAACCCAUCUCUACCACCAUCAGAGUCUCCGAAAACACUCACGCUAUCGCCACCUGCAACUGACAGCCCUGCUUCCCAGGAUCAGGUGGAGGAGAUUUGUGGAGUGGAAGAGGUGACUGCCUGCCCAAGUGAUAACGCCUCAGAGCAGACCUUAGACACCCCAGUGCCUACGCCAAGUGAACCAGAGUCUUUUUUCAGUCAUCAAGAGGGGAGAGGUGAGGAGGCAGAGUCCAGUGAGAGCAGAACAACUACCCCUGUUUGCACCUCAGCAUCUAAUGAUGCCAUUUCUUUAGUGCCCACCUCUAUACCAGACUCGCUGCCAAGAUUUGGUGCCCAGGGUGUGGAUGUCAUUAGGACCUUGGCAGCAGCUUCUCAAUCCUGGGAAGGUGAAAAGAAUGGUGGUGAGCAUCACCCAGGGACAACUGGAGUUAUCCAGCAUGGCUCAGACUUGAAAAUGCCCAAAGAGACACUUGUUACAGCCCGAAAUGGAUGGGUAGAAAGUAGUGAAGAGCAUUCCAUGAGAGAGGAGAUGCUACAAGAGCAUAGGAAUGGAGGAAGUGAUGCUGAUGGCAAAUAUGAAUCAGCCUCUCUGCAUUGUCUACCAAGUAAUGCUGGCGAGGAAGACACUGGAGCACACAGUGAUUCUACGGAGACAGCAUCUGACUUUGAAAAUGAAACUCAAGAGGAUGAAACACUGGACUGGCAUGGAACCCAAAUGGAUAGUAACGGCAUGCAAGCUCAGAAUACAAAGUCGCGGAAUCAACCUGUCAUUCAGACCUCAAGUCGACUCACUUCAAUGUUGAAUCCUCCUCAGCACCAGCAACCAGUCAUACAAGCCCAUAUAUCUAACCCCAACCAUACUCAAACUGUCAUUCAGGCUCGCUUCCCUAAUGGUGUGCCAAACCAGCCCAUCAUUCAUACCCACAAGCAGCAUCCAAUUCAUAGCCAUGCUAUAAACCAUGCUCAGAACCAGAUUGCCACUGCGCCCUCACAAGCCCAAGUGCAAGCUUACCUGACACAGGCAGAGAGGGACCAAAGUAGAAAUCUACGACUGAAUGAUAAUGGCAAUGGAGUGAAGCUGUUUGUCUCAACAGAGGAUGACACCAAACCUCUCGGCAGAGGUCCUGGAGGAGAUUUUGCUUUAAAGAAUUCUGCAGUUCCUCCCAUUGGCAGAAGAGUCCAAGGUUCAUCUCGACCAGUUUCCUCUGUAGAGGCCAACAACCCUCUUGUCACCCAACUUCUUCAAGGCAGCCUACCCUUAGAGAAGGUCUUACCCCAGCCUCACUCAGUCAGCAAGCUGGAAAUUAAUCAACUUCCAGGUGCCCCUGCCGGUAACUCGACCAGUCGCCAACCUCCAAGAAAUCUGGGACCCCGUUUUAGAGGCCCGUCUGAGUCAGGAGGACCUAUAGAAACUGGUGGAUCUGACUUCCAGCACAAAGCCCCAUCCGCCCGAGUGUCUCCAGGACCUGGUCGGAACUUUGGUUCUUCACCACCGGGUUCUACUCCAUCUCGAAUGGCAUGCUUGUUUGAGGAAGCUAGCCCAAGAUCCGCAAAUGUUCAGUUCACUUCUCAACAACCCGGAGGUGCAGUGCCCCCUGGAGCAGUACCUGUCAUAACAUCCCUCCCUUCAAACUCCUCUGCUAGAAUCUCAAUGGAUGUGAACUCUCAGAAUGCUCCAGUUUAUGAAUCGGCUGUCAUUAAAGAGCACCCUGGACCUCUUCCUCCAAGGGGUGAAACUCCGGAGAGGACAGCUGGCUUUCAACAGUAUCCUAACAAUCUCUCCCAGUCUGUGUGCAGAACCACACCUGAUGCUCCCUCACCUCCACAUGGUGACCUUUGUCCAUCAGAGGUUGUUCCUACUGUUAAGAUUAACUGGCGCCCGAGCAAACCCCAACCACCUCAGCAUCAGACAUAUCAGCAACAGCUUUCUCCUGUAGCUACAGUAAAGAAUGAAGUCUCCUCACGCCCUUCGUGCCAACAAGCUCUGACCAAAAACUCAGCUGCUCCAAACAGUGGCAAUACUUCUAUUGUAAUAUCCAAAAAGGAGCCUCUGGACAAUUUUCAUGGAGGUGGUGGAGCUAUGGAAGGACUGCUAAAUAUGGAAAUGUCUCUUGUUAGAAUGGCCAAGAAGGAACAAGUCAAAAAUCCAUAUGCCCGCCAAGCAGACACCUCCACUUCUCCUGUCUCCUCCUCCCUUUCCUCAUCGGCCUCCAGUCUCCCUUACCAGCUAUAUGGCAAGCUACCAAAACUACAACAGAGCGGGGGCAACGGAGGGUCCUCAUCCAGCUUCAGUUACACAGCUAAUGUGUCCGUGGUGGACGGAAACGGGUUCUCCCGCAGUUUAGCCGAUGGUGUGCUGCAGCUAAGGCCACGUGUGAGCGUCAACAACAGUGGAGGCCAGAAUGCUACACUUAGCAUUCAGGCAUUCGCGGACAGCGCUGCAGAAGAAGUGGCUCUCAAGUGUUCCUGCCGACUUAAGGCUAUGAUCAUGUGCCAGGGCUGUGGUGCUUUCUGCCAUGACGAUUGCAUUGGCCCCUCAAAACUGUGUGUGUCAUGUCUGGUUGUCAGAUAGUUUGUUGCAGCUCCUCCAAACUGAGCCGGUUGGUCAGAGCAAAUGCUUUGACCUCUCCAGAAAAUUCUAGCCCUUUGCCUGUGGUUGGAUACCACUGGAAGUCUUGGACUCUUUUGAACAAAGAAUGAGGCAGGACACUGCAUUGUUCAAAUGGGACCCGGGUUUUUUUUUUUUUUU